UCCGUAAAAAAUGUCCUUAAAACGUAGCAACAAAAUAAGUUUGUCCAAUUCUCGUCUGAUUCAAAGAAAACAUUGUCGUGUAGAACAUUCGUUAGUAAAGUGUGUGAAUUUCAAAAUGGUUUAAUGUGGGUGGAAGAAUGUUUAAAAAGCACGAGUACGUUCGGACGACAAAGAGCGUAAAAGUAUUAAAUAUUUAACGUAUAAAAAUUUAGUGUAACACCACAGAGAUUGGAAACCGUGAAGUAGUGUAACAUUAAUUUGAAAUUAUCGCCCCUUAUUGUUACGUUGAGGAAAUUGUGUGACAAGUGGGAUUUCGUGUGAGAAUUAUGGAAGUUUUCAAAUAAAUCAUUACUUAUUUGUACAGAACCACGUCACUUUGUAUGUUGUGGCCGCCUGAGAGGAAUGGAGUCGACUUUUAAAAAAAGGCCAGGAACAACUGAUAAAGGCAGAGACUAUGAAGAUGUGGUCCUCGCCAAUGUUGUACUAAGACUAUUAAACAACCCCAGAGUAAAAACGUUCCAGAUUUCAUCAAACGAUGAUGAGUUUGGGGCGUUUGAUGAUCUGGUUAUUAAACUUGCAUCGGAUAAGGAAAACGACAUUCAGGUUAAAGCGGUGCAGUUAAAACACACCGAGAGGAAAGUACUCACUCUAGAAAAUUUGCGAACCGUAAAAGGAAACUUCAGUAUUAGCAAAUACUUUAAAAGUUACAAAGAAGUUAAGAAAAAUAUGGAUGAGUUAAUUUUGUUUACCAAUAGGCCGUUAAAUCCUCCCGAGAACGCAACAUUCCACCUUGACAGCGAAGAAUUUUACGUCAAGCUUAUUAAAAGAGAAGUUAACUCAGACAUUUCAGAAAAUAUUAGUCACGUCUAUCAGUUUGAAAUAGUAGAUGAUCAAUCGACAGUAGAGAAUAUUCCUAGAAUUCAAGAAUAUCAGGAUUUUUUUCGCAAGUUUUUUCUCUAUUCCAACCAAGAAAAUUGUGAUACUCUGGAAAAAAUAACCGCUAACAAAUUCAAGGCAACGUAUUGUUCAGAUGACGAAACAUUCGGUAAAUUCCUGAAAACAGUUUCUAAAUGGAACGCCCAAGAUGGGAAUAAAGAAAAGAUAGAUAAAAAGUGGACGCAGCUGGUACUUGCGCUGCACCUUCUGUCCUCUCACACUGAGUCUCUAUCUUUCGGUCCAGUUAAUGACAAAAUGAAAAUUUUUCGGGAAGCAAUUUCCUUCUUUGAUGUCACAGUGAUUGAAGAGGAAUCGGUCGAAACGGUUAAGCAACUGUGGGGUGAUGUCGGAAAGGAAAAAACUAUUGACUUUAAGGAAUUAAAUAAAAUUAGAAGAAGAUAUCUACCUAUUCUCGGACAUAUUAAUGACACCGACAUCGGCACCAUAGAUCCAAAAGCGUUCACUCAACUGCUGUGGCUAAUGGACGAAUGUCCAUUAAUUUUACGUGAAUGGGAAAAGAUGAAAAAUAUAAUACAGCUGUGCCCCGACAAAAAAUUUGUUUUGGUUGGCGGAACUAAAGAUGAGGAAUGGAUGAAAAAUUCCGUGUUCCAAAAUCUGUCCGAUUUGAAUUUGCAUCCCGAAAUCCAUAAAAAUAUAAUGCAAAAUUUUACCAUUUCGAUUCAAGGAAAGGGCGAACUUGAUCUUGUAACAUCUUUUGGAAGUAAUGAAGAUUUUUUCAAAAAUGUUAGAACUGAUCACCUCGUGGAAAUGCUGAACGGUACAUGUUGUAUAGGAGGAACAAAGGAAACACUAGCCGAACCUUAUAUAGACCGCUAUAUUUCGCGAAAUGUCGUUGAAAAUACAUAUUUAGAAAAAGUUCACGAAAACACAAUUAUUAUCUUAAAUUGUGGGAAUAAUUUAGAUAAAGUUAAAAGCAAACUCGCCAAAUGUGAAUUAAUUGACAUUAAUAACUUCUUACAGAAAGACAAUCACAAUGGCGAAUAUCUAACAAAUACUAAGUUUAACGUUAAUGAACCGAACUUUGCUGACAAAAAUUACGUAGGUAACAGGAAAAAAAGUGACAUAAAUUCUAAUCUUAACGAAAACAAAUAUAAAUUUAUAUUUGAUAAAUCAAGUUUUACCAACAAAGUCUACGUUGGUACUAGACACUAUAAUGAUUCUGAAAUUCAACAAAUUUAUAAUGAGCACAAAACAACAAAACAGUUUCAUUAUUUUAAAAUUUUGAGUGACGGAAAUUUAGAAUGGCUUUGUAGCAAAGGUGAUGUUAGUGAUCUAGAGGCGUACAAAUUGCCUGACGCAUAUCCUACAGAAGAAAAUGCCUUGUGGCCUUCUCGGUUAGAUUAUAACAUCAAUCUUAUAACCGGAGAUCCAGGAAUGGGUAAAACCGAGUUAGUGAAAAGCUUAAAAAAUACAUGUUCUCGCGAAUACUGGACGGUUUUGAUUAGUCCCAAGGACGUUAAUUUAUUUUUUCACAAACCCAAUUUCUCUAAAACAGAUAAUUGUUCAGAUUUAUUUGUAAAAUUCAUCACAAAUAAAAAAUAUGAGUCGCUUAAUAAACUCGACCUAAUGUUUUUCGAAAUGUGUAUCAAGAAAAACAAUGUAAUUUACGUGUGGGACGCAAUCGAUGAAAUCUUAAAUGAUAAUUUAGAUGCCGCUUUAAAUAUAAUCCUCCAUUUUUCAACAAAAGGGUUCCGUCAGUGGGUUACAAGCAGACGACAUUUAAAAUCAACUCUAGAAAAUAAAUUCAAUUUGUUGUCACUUAGUAUAAAUCAAUUUAACGAACAAGAACAAGAAAAAUAUAUCAGAAAACGUCUAGAAUGUCACAGUAUUGACGUAACGCUGGAAAAAAUCAAAUCAUCUUUUGCGAUUGUAGAACACAUAGACAUACUAGGCAUCCCUCUUCAAAUAUUCAUGCUUACCGAACUGUUCCGUGAAAAUAACGAAAAAUAUUUGAAACUUAUGGAUAACACAUUCGUCUUGACUGACCUUUACGAAUAUUUUAUUCAGGAAAAAUUUAAUAACUUUUACAAAAACAAAAUUGGAUACGAUUUAGGAAAUCCCCAAAUGGAAGUUAUAGUCUGUGAAAAAAACCGAAAGGCUGCAGAAUAUUACGAACGUGUGUCCUUUAGAGUAAUAUUUGACGAAGAAAUUACGCAGCGAAUGAAUAUUGAUUACGAAAAAAGUGUACAAAAACUUUUACGAAAUUAUGCCUCUCUGGGUCUUAUAAAUGACUUUCAAAAUGAUGUUCCACGUUUUGUGCACAGUUCAUUUGCAGAGUAUCUAGUUGCUAGAUACUUUUCAAAAAAUAUUAAUAAUUUUAAAGACACAAUUGCGGACUUGUUGUUUGACGCAAGGUAUAAUAACGUUCGAUUCUUUUUUGACAUAUUGUUGGCUAAAAACUCGAAAGCUCACAUUGCCGUAUUGUACAAACGUUACGAGUUACUUAAAACGUACGACGACGAAAUUUUGAAUUGCAAAGAUAAAGGUGGACGAAGUGUUUUACAUUUGAUUUCGUCAUGGGGGCAAAGACAUCCGCGUGUAAAGGUAACGCACGUAAAGCACAAGUGUAUUGUGCACGAAAAUAGCAAUUUCAAUAAAAAAGCGGAAAACGAAAUAUACUUUGAAACGAUGACGUAUUUGCAAAGUACGAAUGAGGUUGGCGAACGUGAUAUGUUGUUAGAUGCGACUCCUUUGGCUUAUGCCCGAAAAAGUGAGAGCCUAGGAGCACAAAUACAAUUAUUACAAACAAAAAAGGAUGAGUUGAGACAAUCUCGCGAUGACAUAAUUAAUGUUAUAUAUUAUUCUGCUUUACUGGGUUAUGACGACGUGUGUAAACACCUCACAGUAGAAGAGUUGAAUAAUUUUUUGAGUGAAGUGGAAAUUGUUACUGCAGAAAAUGCUAAAACACCUCUCGGACUGGCCUGCGAAAACGGUAAUUUAAAAAUCGUUGACUGUUUUGUAAAAUCUGGUGUCGAUAUCAAUUGUGUUAAUAAAUUCAAUGAAGCACCGCUUUACAUCGCUUCUCAAAACGGUCACGAAAAAGUUGUCGAAUACUUGGCGACAGGGGGCGCCGAAAUCAAUCGCGCUAAUAAUAACGGCUGGAUACCUCUUCACGCAGCUUCCUUUAACGGUCAUGAAAAAGUUGUCGAAUACUUGGCGACAGUUGGCGCCGAAAUCAAUCGCGCUGAUAAAAACGGUUGGGCAGCGCUUUACAUAGCUUCUACAAUGGGUCACGAAAAAGUCGUCGAAUACUUGGCAACAGUCGGUGCCGAAAUCAAUCGCGCUAAUAAUAACGGCUGGACACCUCUUCACGCAGCUUCCUUUAACGGUGAUGAAAAAGUUGUCGAAUACUUGGCGACAGUUGGCGCCGAAAUCAAUCGCGCUGAUAAAAACGGUUGGACAGCGCUUUACAUAGCUUCUAAAAUGGGUCACGAAAAAGUCGUCGAAUACUUGGCGACAGUCGGUGCCGAAAUCAAUCGCGCUGAUAAAAACGGUUGGACACCUCUUCACGCAGCUUCCUUUAAGGGUCAUGAAAAAAUUGUUGAAUACUUGGCCACAGUCGGCGCCGAAAUCAAUCGCGCUGAUAAAAACGGUUGGGCAGCGCUUUACAUAGCUUCUACAAUGGGUCACGAAAAAGUCGUCGAAUACUUGGCGACAGUCGGCGCCGAAAUCAAUCGCACUGAUAAUGACGGCUGGACACCUCUUCAGAAAGCUUCCUUUAAGGGUCAUGAAAAAGUUGUCGAAUACUUGGCGACAGUCGGCGCCGAAAUCAAUAGCGCUGUGAAUUACGGUGAGACACCACUUUACGUAGCUUCACAAGAAGGUCACGAAAAAGUUGUCGAAUACUUGACGACAGUCGGCGCCGAAAUCAAUCGCGCUGAUAAUGACGGCUGGACACCUCUUCACAUAGCUUCCUUUAAGGGUCAUGAAAAAGUUGUCGAAUACUUGGCGACAGUCGGCGCCGAAAUCAAUCGCGCUACUAAUGACGGUCAAACACCACUUUACAUAGCUUCCGCAAAGGGCCACGACAAAGUUGUCGAAUACUUGGCGACAGUCGGCGCCGAAAUCAAUCGCGCUGAUAAAAACGGUUGGACACCUCUUCACAUAGCUUCCUUUAAGGGUCAUGAAAAAGUUGUCGAAUACUUGGCGACAGUCGGCGCCGAAAUCAAUCGCGCUCAGAAUGACGGUCAAACACCACUUUACAUAGCUUCCGCAAUGGGCCACGUCAAAGUUGUCGAAUACUUGGCGACAGUCGGCGCCGAAAUCAAUCGCGCUACUAAUAACGGUGCGACACCACUUUACAUAGCUUCACAAAACGGUCAUGAAAAAGUUGUCGGAAACUUGGUGACAGUCGGUGCCGAAAUCAAUCGCGCACUGAAUGACGGUCGAACACCACUUGACAUAGCUUCCGCAGCAGGUCACGCAAAAAUUGUCGAAUGUUUAAUAAGAGCCGGCGCUCAAAUCGGGCAUCAUUCCUUUACAAAGAAUCGUAAGAAAAAAAACUUCCCCAAACUGUGCAGAUGCAUUGUAAUGUAGUAAACAGAAUGUUGCUUGUUUUUCUCAUUAAACUGGACGAGGUAUGAAAAACAGUGUCCAAAAAACUAACCUAGUUAUAUCCUAAGGAAUUUUAAAAAAAACUGCAGUUUAGAGAUUUUUAAUUAAAUAAUUGUUACGCGGAAACAAUAAUAGGUAUAUGUUUUAUUUUGAAAUCAAAUAGCACUAAUUUAAAUAUUUGGGACAUAUUAUACGACUCAAACGUAUCUUCUACCCAGACAAAUAUAUAUUCACUCAUUCCAUUAUCCUUGAUUAUAAGUUUCGACGUUACCUGACAAAUAAAACGUUAUACUUACUUACUGAAAAUUCUUCUACAUCACUUCAUCACGUUUGCUUGGUCUUCUGGUCACGAGUGAUAUUCCCUAAUUUGUAACUCCAACAAAAAAUUGUAAUCGAUUAUCAUCUCUGUAGCUAUAAAUGUUAAAUUUAAAUACACCUUAAUUUUUGAUUUUAAACAAAAAAACAUGGAAAAGUUAUUAAUGUCACUUACAAUCACCGAUAAAACUAAAUUUUUGUAAAAAGCGUACAUAAUAAUUGUGUUUUCUCUAUUAAUGAAUAAAAAGAACGCGAUGAAUGUUACCGUUUAGUAUUAUCUACAAAUUUGCUGAAUCGAUUUGUAAGAAAAUUAUUGAAAAGAAGGAAAUGACAAUACCAGCACUAAGAAAUGGAAAUCAUUUUAGUACCCUUUCUUCCAGGACAGCUUAAAUUAUUAGUUGCAAAGAAAUUAUUCACUUUAGUUAUAUGGUCUAUGUUUCUGGGUGUAAAUAUCACGAAAUCCAACACAUUGAUGCGAAAUAACGAAGCAUUCUAACAAAGUUGGAUGUAUUAAUCGGAAUUUUUGAGAAAACUCUCACAAAUAUCAAAAUUCGAUACAUUGAUGUAAGGAUUAUAGUUCGAAUACAAAAUUACCAAAAUGUUUCGAUAAUUCUUUACUAUGUUUUUUCAGUGCCAGACAAAUUACCCGAAAUUGACCAAGUACUUAGGAGCCAUAUAGCAAUUAGCGACCCAAUUUUAAGCAAUCAGCGACAUUUCUCACAGAGUUCAUAAACAUCCAGUCAUGUCCUCAUGACUUUGAAAAACCGCCCUGCCUCUUAUCUAGGUAUUUUAAUCUUCAACCAAAAAAGAAGAAACAUCGUCUCAACGGGGAUUUGGACGAAUAUUUUUUCUUCCGAAGAAAGGGAACAAUUCUAAAACCAACAGCUACAAAUGUUUUUUGAAGUAUUUUUGGACACUGACAACUGCACAACGUAAGAUUUGGGGUUUGGUAUAAACAAAUUUUCUGAUGAAGAUUUGGAAAGAAUCACAAUCGUCUUCGAAAACCAUGACAAAUGUUUUUUGAUUUGAACGUGACAAGUGCACAACAUAAUGUUUGAGGCUUGGUCUGGACAAAUUUUCUGAUGAAGAAGUUCGGAAAGAUCACCAAAAUAAUACAUGAUCUUUCUACUUGGCUUCCGCGUUGGGAAUCGUCUUCGCAUGAAAAAUAUUACGGAUUUUUGGAAAUUGGCAGAGGAAUCGAAGGAGAACCUAUAGUCAAAACGUCCCAUCAGUCUAGUCCAGAAGAAAGUCAAAUAUAUAUGUAAAAAGUGUCCUAGUGAAAAUGUAAAAUAUAUAUAUAUAUAUAUAUAUAUCUUAACUUAGUGGUAGAAUUAUGCUAAAAAGCAUGUUCGAGAAAUAUCUGUUUUUAAUAUAGUUACAUAUGUACAAUUUUUCUAAUAUUAGUAACAACUGUACGGCCAUGUUUAUUAAAUUUAUUAUAAUUA